AUGAAACCUGAGACCCCAAUAUAUCGGUCACUUCCGGACGAUGAUCCGACUAUUCAUGCUCCGCAACCUACGAAGAAGGUUCCUGCCUUUGGAACACCUGAGGUGACAUCCAAACUUGCGAGACUUGGUGAGAGUGCAAACAGCUACUUUGCAAGCCCUGCCAUUACUCCUGCAGCAUUCCUGCAGGGUACGAAGAGUAACUGUGUCCGGCAUGGCCGGAUACCACCGCCUGCAACAGCAACGAAGAACGACAGACUUGGCCCGCCAGACCUAGCGAGGGAUAGGAGUGGCAUAUACCAUCCAACUGGCAUAUCGCAAAUGCGGCAGAUGGAAGCUACAAGUCCUUGGGCCGGACCGACGAGAUAUAUCAUGACCGCCGCUGAUGCGCGGGAUAAGGUUUGCCCUGAUUGUAUGAACGAGCUGAGGAUCAAGCGGAGGGAGUUGAUGCAAAGUACGCCACGCACCGUUUCGAGGCCUGGAGAUCUGAGCAGGAUGAUCUCGACGCAAACCUUGCGAGGCAUCAGCGAAGACGUGCAUGGCAAUAAGCAGGGUCUUGUCUUGUCGAAAGACCUUGGUGAUGGGCUCAACGCUGUGAUUGUUGAGCACAAGGACCUGAAAGACCACACGCUCAUCCUGGAUGCUCCACCGAGAGAACACGACAUCCGCAAACCCUCUGUACCGGAACUCCUGGACAUGAUCGAUGAAGCGGCCAACGAGAUCCAUCUGCACGCCGGUCAAGCGGCCGAACGAUACAUCAGUCGGCCGAGCUUUGCUCAGAUGACACGCAACUCUCUGCUGGGCGAGACCGACUUCGACGCAGUGCUCGCGUACAAUGCGCCCUCGGCCCAGGCUCUGGUGGAGCGUCAAGGUAUUGAUGAUCACUAUCGCGCUUUGCAUGACCGUCUUGCGGAGGCUUCGAGGCGGCCGAGUGUAAAACGGGUUGAUGCUACUGCUGUGGUUGCGAGGGUUGCUGCGACUCGACAGCCAGCAGCUCAAGCAGAGCCAGCACCAGUGCCGCCCAGAAGUCAGCCAAAGCCUACGAGUGCAAGCAGACCUUCACCACCUCGAAUCAUCACAACCAGGCCGACGCUUCCUCAGGUCACAAAGUUCGCGGACGUCUCUCCCAGGCAGACUCCGCCGCCAGAGCACCCGAGCAUUCACCAUGCACCAGAACUCUCGCCCACUCCAACCUCGAACGGAACCGCGUUCCAGACUGGAUCUUCGACCCGACACGGCACCUUCAGCUUCCUCAACCCCUGGAGUCGCAAUGCUACACCUACGACACCUACAGCACACCCGUCACCUGCUCCAACUCAUCCACCAACUACACCAUCACCGACCCCAACGCCAAGUCCUCCCCCAACACACACCGGCCGCGUCCGGCCAGCAGACGAGUCCCCACCGUCCACAACGCCCCAACCAAUCUCCUCGGCUGCGAAUCCCUACCACCACGCUCCCCACACGCCGCCCGAUCUUCCGCAUGCAGCGUACUCUGACCCGAAAGUCAAGGAGCAGCAGCAAAUCAUUCGGGCGGCUAUGCGGAUGGAGAGAGGAAGGGCGGUGCAGGAGGCGUCGAGUCGGGUGGAGAGGGAGGAGAGGAGGAAGAAGAGUCUUGUUGGAGAUGGAGGGAGGAAGAGGGGGUGA